AUGGUUGCUAACGUUAAAGACUUACCUCAAUUAUCAAGCAAAUUGGAAGAAGCUAAGAGAACUGCAGCUUAUAAUGCAGUCGACCAGAAUAUAAACUUCGAGGAACACAGAAUCAUAGGCAUUGGUAGUGGUAGUACGGUUGUCUACGUUGCUGAGAGAUUAGGUCAGUACCUCAAGGAUCCAGCAAGACAUGAACAAGUUGCUAAUUUCAUCUGUAUACCUACCGGAUUUCAAUCUAGAAUGCUAAUUAAGGAGAACGGACUUCAAUUAGGUAGCAUUGAAAUGUUCCCGGACAUUGAUAUUGCAUUUGACGGUGCCGAUGAAGUUGAUGAAAAUAUGCAAUUGAUCAAAGGUGGUGGUGCAUGUUUAUUCCAAGAAAAACUUGUCAGCACUUCUUCCAAGAAAUUCAUCGUUGUGGCUGAUUAUAGAAAGAAGUCUCCAAAAUAUUUGGGCACGAACUGGAAACAAGGUGUACCGAUCGAAGUUGUACCUUCUGCUUAUGUGCGUGUUACAAAGGACUUGGAAACAAAAUUACACGCAAAGAAGGUUGUCGUUAGAGAAGGCACUCCAGCUAAAGCGGGUCCAGUGGUUACUGACAAUAAUAACUUCAUUAUAGAUGCGGAUUUCGGUGAGAUUCACGAUCCAAAACUAUUACAUACUCAAAUUAAAUCUUUAGUAGGUGUCGUGGAAACAGGGUUAUUCAUCGAUAACGCUGAAAUCGUUUACUUCGGUAACGACGAUGGUACUGUAUCCGUUAUGAAUAACUAA